AUGGCAGCGAAUACGGACAGGAGAAGGAUCAAUGCGCCCAGCGGCGGCACCUCAGCGCCGGUUUUCGCCAAGACGGUCCUGGAAUCUGGUUACCUUCAAUCGCUACGGCCAAACAGAACAAGAGGACCAAAUGAGCUACGAAAGACUUUCCUUCAAACCGGCAUUGUACCCUCUGCGUCAGGCUCCGCAUACCUCGAAGUUCCCACCGCAUCGUCCUCGCAGUCCACCCUAAUUCCACCUACCUCAAGCCUGAAGAUCGCUGCUUCAAUCCAAGGCCCGAAGCCCCUCCCCCGCAGUGCGCCCUUCUCCCCGACUCUUGUACUCACGACCACCGUAAAGUUCGCGCCAUUCGCUACCAGACAUCGGAGAGGAUACAUUCGCGAUUCCGCAGAACGGGAUCUUGGCGUACAUCUGGAGACAGCUUUGAGAGGCGUCAUAAUUGGCGAAAGAUGGCCUAAGAGUGGGGUCGAAGUUGUCAUCACCAUCCUUGAAGGGGAUGAAGAUGCAUGGUGGGGCGACAGCGGCGCUGAGGGUGGAGCUGGUAGUGGCUUUGGUCUGCUCAACGUGCUAGCUGGGUGCAUAACCGUUGCGAGUGCGGCGAUCAUGGAUGCAGGCAUUGACUGUGUUGACAUGGUCGCUGGAGGAGUGGCAGCGGUCACAGGAGAUGGACAGAAAGUCCUGGACCCUUGUCCAGCGGAACACCAAGAUCUUGUCGCAGCUUGCGCAGUGGGCUAUCUGGCAUCAAGAGACGAGAUCACAGAAAUAUGGCUCAAAGGAGACGUCGGCGCAGAUCCUGACGAGCUCAUCGAAGGUGCUACGCAUGCCGCUCUGGGAAGCGUGAGUGUGUUAAGAGAGGUGCUGCUCGAGAACAUGGAGGCGAAAAUGAAUAUCACCAAAGAGGGAUCAAAAAGGAAGCUGGAAGACGUCGAAAUGACUGGUUAA